AUGUCGUUAAUGAAUAAGAGAAACGUCAGAAUUUUAUCCAUAACUGGGUUGCUGUUAUUUGUUGUUUUCCUAUUUGUGCAGAAUGAUAACUGGUUGUUAGAGUCUGUAGUUUCCGAUAGUAGUGCAUCAGCUCCAUCUAGAACUGCCGAGAGAGUUAGGAAUAAUGAAGCUCCACGUCCAAUCGUUGGUGGCUCAUCUUCUGGUAAGUUUGAUCCUGCUCAAGAAUACAUUAAUAUCAUGGAAAUGGCUCCAGUUGUUUUAUUUUCAAAAACUUUCUGCCCAUACUGUAAGAGAUUAAAGAAGUUGUUAGCUGAUAACUACCGUUUCUCUCCAGACAUUAAAAUCAUCGAAUUGGACAAACAUCCAAAUGGUGAUGAGUUGUUUAGCUAUAUUAAACAGCAAACCAGCCACACAACAGUCCCAAACCUAAUUGUCAAUGGGAAGUCUUUAGGUGGUUUUGAUUCUAUUAAGAAGCUACAAGAUGACAAGUUAGUUGAACAAACUAUUCAAAAAGAUAGUGAUUUCUCUGUGAUCGUGUCUUCCAAGGACGCUGCUCCAAAGCCGAACAAGAAGUGA